GGAGCCGCCGCCGGUCUCCGCUUCCAACGGGCCGGCACCAACAGCCGCGGGCGGGUUGAAACUGCCAGCUGCUGACCUUGAAACAAUGCAUCACAAUGAUAAGAGUGGGAUCUCCCAAGAUGGAAGUUGGGAGAUCCGCCGGGUUGCAGCUGGGCCUUAUUCCAACCAAAAUCCCCCACAGAGGGCCGUACUUGGGCUGCUGACCGAGAAUGGGCAGUGCUUGAGGGCAUGUGGCCAGGGUACCACAAUAGUCAGACGCUUCUCUGGCUCUGAAAAUACUUUCCCUCCAUCUGGAAAGAAUAUAUUGCCUAGCUGUAUGGUCAAUGUAACAUCCAAGCAAGGGUUUGCUAUAUAUGUAGAUGAACCAGAGAAGAAAGACAGAUGCAGCUGCACAGUUGUAGAAGAGGUGGAAUCCAGCCUGUGUGAAGUGGAUACUAGCACAAUGAAGCCCAAUAUUCAUCUGCUGUUGGAUUUGAGUACAGGUUCUCCUAUGUUGGUGGAUACAUCAUUGCAGUCACAACACGAAGUUUAUGUGGAUAACAUCGUGGAUGUAAUGAACGUGGGAGACUAUGCAGAAGACAUUCAUCAGUACCUUAGAGAAGCUGAAGUAAGAUACAGGCCAAAACCAUAUUACAUGCGAAAGCAGCCAGACAUCACCUCAGGGAUGCGUGCAAUCUUGGUGGACUGGCUGGUGGAAGUUGGGCAAGAAUACAAACUUCGUACUGAAACACUGUACCUAGCUGUCAGCUUUCUGGACAGGUUUCUUUCCUGUAUGUCUGUCCUCAGAGGGAAGCUGCAGCUUGUGGGAACAGCAGCAAUUCUUCUGGCUGCGAAAUAUGAAGAGAUCUACCCUCCGGAGAUAGAGGAGUUUGUGUAUAUAACAGAUGAUACUUACACAAAGAGACAGCUAUUAAGAAUGGAACACCUGCUCCUGAAAGUACUGGCUUUUGGCUUGACAGUACCAACUAUCAACCAGUUUCUCCUUCAGUAUUUACAGAGACACGGAGUCUGUGUCAGGACAGAGAACUUUGCAAGGUAUGUAGCAGAAUUGAGUCUCCUGGAAGCUGAUCCGUUUCUGAAGUACCUUCCUUCACAAACUGCUGCAGCAGCUUACUGUCUAGCAAAUUACACUGUGAACAGGCAUUUGUGGAACUUCUGCACAGGCAGGAACAAUACUUUGGUCACUGGCUGAGACUAACCUGUUAUGGUACACAGUCCUAAUGAGACUCAUCAUAUAAUUAACCAUCUUGUCAAUGUAUUGAUCCCACCCUAUAAAAAAACUGAUCAACUGGCCUCUGUGUAACUGUCUUUGUGUUAUGGGGGGAGAAGAAUCUUAGCGCACAUGGUUUUAUCCAAAUACCAGUGUUAUUGGUAUUUGCCUGUGUGCUGUAGGAAUAAUUUCAUUUGGUGGUAAUGGUAGGGGACACUGGUCAGAACUGGUGAAAGAAACCAGCAAGUAUUCUGUCUGCAUCAGAAGGUGCUUCUUGUCAGCCUUCUCUGCUACAGUAAAUACCUAAAGUGGACAUUGAUGCUAGGAUGCAUCUGGGGUAUUGAAAGGGCUCACGUCCUCUAUGGUGAUUGCUAUGGGAUCUCACUUCAGCAGCAAAAUAGAUGUAUCUGUCCACCUAAGUAGUCAGCAGAAAUGUGACUUGCUUCUUGACACAGGGCCUCUACCAAAGUCUGGAAGACACAGUACCUAACCAUAUGCAAUAAUGUACAGUAAUUCUUUUCUCUACUGAUCAGCCAGAAACACUUGCUGCAUUCACUGGGUAUUCGCUAAGCGAGAUAGUGCCUUGUCUGAAUGAUCUACA